AUGCUGAAGAUUGCGAGUUUAAUUAUUAUUCUGGUUGUUGUUCAAGCGGAAGGAUGUGCUCCUGGAAGUGGUACUCUUGGAAGCAAGGCACAAUUCGAUUUUGUAAUGAAUCCAGCUAUUCUGUACACUUAUUGUGAGCAAGAAGGAUGUACCUUUGUGGGUCAGAUUAGUGCAGAUACUGCAAACAAAACUGUUAAGGCGGAUGUUCAGACUUCGAUAAACGAAGUUCUUCGAGCCAAUAGUAUUCCACUGAACGAUGUCAACCCUCCAACCAUCACUUAUAGCGCUAAAAAUGUCAUUGUUGCUGCUGCUGGUACCACUGCAUGCGCUAAGGCAGGAGAAGCUAUUCCUGUGGACAAAACACUUUACUAUCUCUGCACAGAAAUAGAAGGGAAACUUAAACCAGAAGAGUUCAAGGUUGAUUUGACUGUUCAAAUUACCGCCAUUUCGCAAAUUUAUCAAAGUCAAUGGAAUAUGUUGGCAAGUCAAGUGGCGGAUAAGGUGGCAGCCAAGCACGGAGCCAAUUUUUACCCCGAUACUGUUGUGACCGUUUACAAUUAA